GCCCGGUUUAUUCGGAUAUUUGUGAAACUCAGUAAACGAGGCUGGUUUAUAAGGAACAUAAAAUAAUGAGUACUUCAAGGAAACGAAAAAGGAAUAAUAAUAUAAUUCGUGUUGGGAAGGAGAAAAGACAAAAGAUACAGAAACAACCAGGAAACGAAAAUAAAUCUGUUGUAGAUGAACACGACUGGACGUUAAGAGAACUGUACAACACGACGAGAAACAAGAAAGGGAAAGUUAUAACAGGACCAGACACGUGGUCACUGGUCUUUAAGUUGGCUGCCGGCAACAGACAGUCGCCAAUCGACAUCAAAAAGGACGAUGCGACCUUUGACCCGGAACUCGCCAGUAAGCCACUAGUGAUCCGGUACCACCCGGAAAAGGAGCUUGGGAUACUUAACACCGGGUUAUGCUUCCGGGUCGACAUCAAAGAAAAAUCAACGCUGGAGGGAGGCCCGUUAGAUUCUGUAUACCGACUGGAGCAGUUCCACGCUCACUGGGGGUCGGGCGCAGAACAAGGAUCGGAACACUUAGUGGAUGGGCAAUCCUUUCCUGUAGAGCUCCAUUUUGUUCACUGGAACCAGAACAAGUACUCGAGUUUUACUGAGGCUGUGAACAAGGAUGAUGGACUGGCAGUCCUCGCCGUUUUCUUAAAGGUUGGCAAGGAACACGCCGGGUUCAAAGUUCUCACAGAAAACAUGGAGAGAAUCAAGUUCAAGGACACGUCCAUCCAUCUUAAAGACGACUAUUGUCCAGAUUGCUUAUUACCCAACGACAGAAGCAAGUACUGGACAUAUCCGGGAUCUCUGACCACGCCCCCGUGCUACGAAAGCGUCACCUGGAUCGUUUUCCAAGAAGCUGUGGAAGUAUCGGAACAACAGAUUACUACUCUCCGAGGACUGCGUUGUGAUAAAUGUGACGUAGACCCCAUCGUGAAUAACUACCGCCCACCACUUCCGGUCGGAUCGAGGACAGUUAGAGCAUCUUUCGAAUAGCUAUGACGUUGGAUUCCAUUCUUGUUACCCACUGCAUGGUCAUAAUCAGAUGAUACAGAUUAUAUAUAGAUAUAUACAUGUAGUAUUUAUUCAAGGGAUAGUUUGACAAAUCUGUGAUAAAUUUGUUUAAAUAUUUGGUUAAUUUUUGCAUUGCUGAAUGCAUCAUUGUGCUCCAUUUUUGUGUAAUAUGCCCAUGAAAAAUGCCUAUCUGCAAACAUCUUGCAAACAUAUUUAUUUAUUGUAUAUUAUUAUUAUUAUUAUUAUUAUUAUUAUUAUUAUAUUUUAAAUUGUUAUUUAUUUUAUUUUAUUUUAAGUUAUUUUAAGAUGUUUCAGAAACAGUCGCACAAGGUUGGGGACUUAAAAUUACUAUUUUACCCGUGGAAAAAACAAUCCAAUUAAGAGGACUGAUCAAUUGCUCGCCUAACAAAUUUUAUGGAAUGAUUUAAGAUAUUACCAUACUGAUACCAUGUAAUUUUCAUGCUAAGGUGAUCCAAAAAUCGCUCUCCUUGAACUAACCUCAGGUGAGUGAUGGGGAGCGAGAGUGAUAGCUCUCCUUAAGAGGGGAGGUUUCAUUUUCAGCUUCCUGUUAGGGGUUGAAUUUAUGUACCUGCUAAAAUAUACGAAAGCUGAACGACACAACUAUUUCCCAUAUCGAAAUUUUUUGUACCUGAUACUCGAUAUAUAUACUUUCUUAAAUUGGAAACCUUUUAAUAUUGAAAUUGUUUAUGAAAAACGCCAUGCCAUCCCCCAGUCUGUUAAGAUAUUUUCUGGAAUAUACCUUUAAAAAUAUACUGAGAGAAGGCGAUAAGAGAACAUUGAUAUUGAUUUUAAACUUUGUUAUUGUUUAACGACACCAUUAGAGCAUAUUGAUUUCUUAAUCAUCGGCUAUUGAAUGUCAGACAUGUGGUAAUUUUCACAUAAUAUUUAUUAUAGUCUUUGAGAGGAAACCCGCUACAUUUUUCCCAUUAGGGAUCCUUUAUCCUUUAUAUGCGCAAUCCCACAGACAUGCAAACACACACCACGGCCUUUGAUAUGCCAGACGUGAUGCACUGGGUGCUGUGAGAAAUAGUACAAUGAGCCCACUAACGGGGAUCGAUCCCAGACCGACCGCGCGUCAAGUGAGCGCUAUACUACUGGGCUACACCCCGCCUUCAAUGGUAUCGGAGACUAACAAUCAAGUUAAAUUCACUAUUUGUAUUGUACUGUCUGUAUACAGUACAAAGGUGUAAAGUACAUUAGAUCAUUAAAUGGCAUUAAUGUGGAAUUGACUGCCAGUAGCACGGUUUACUUCCUGACACUAUGCAUGAGGACUUUGUUUGCUGUCCAACUUUUCCGUUAGUGUUGGUGUCGUGACAACAUAUGCAUAUUUGUGGAAAUGUAAUCAAGAUUGUAAUCAUGAUUACGGGACAAUGUUUUCGCAAUCGUAAUCGAUUGCUUUUAAUUUUCUUGUAAUCGUAAUCGUGACAUUCUAAAGUAAUCGUAAUCGUAAUCGAUUACUUUUGUUAAGUAAUCGCCCUAUCUCUGGUGUGGUCCCUUAUUUCUUUUUGUCAGUAUAUUAUUAAAAUGUAGUAACUGCUUGGCUGGAAGUGUGCUUGUGUAUGUGUGUGUGUGUGUAUGUGUGCGUGCGUGCGUGUGUGUGUGUAUGUGCAUAUACGUAUGCAUGUAUGUGUUUUAUGUGUGUGU